CAUGCGCAACUCGGUGUCUGCGAAAUCAAAUUCGAAUUAAUCAAAAUGGCUACCAUGAGCGGCCGUUCCAAAACAAUCAAAGCAAGCUCGGUAUCUCCGACAAUGUCGAGAAGAAGCCUUGGCACAAUGCCUUUGAGCACAAGCAAUGCAAGACCAAAAUCGUCAAAGGGGAAGAAACUAGCUGCUUCACUUGAUGCCUCUGGGACAAGAAAAUCUUUGGACAUAACAAACUGGGACACUGGAAAACUUGAAUCAGAGUAUAUCAGGAAUUUGCAGCAGCAAGUCUAUUUUCUGGAGCUUGAAACCAACUACCUCCAAGAACAACUGAAAAAGGCAACAGUGUUGCCUUCAAGAGUUACAGAAGAAGCUGACAGGAUGAUGAGGAAACUGAAGGUUAUGCAAGGAGAACUUGAUGUUCGAUCUCAAGAUCUCAUAAGAAAGGAAUCUCAAGUUUCUAUUGCAUUAGAAGAGAGAGAUCUUGCCAUGGAAAAACUGAGAAAACAUGAGGAUUCAUUUGCAUUAGAAAAGAAGGACUUGGUGAAUGAAGUUGUGCGGUUGAAGAAACAGCUUGACCGCCAACAGAUGGAUACUUCAAGAAAGGAAGUUCACAUUAGUGAAAUAAGAAGAGAGGCUGAUAUGGGUUUAUCUGCAUUGCAAGAGGCAGAAAAUAAGAUAAACACUUAUAGACGAGAGGCUGAUGGAAAGACAGAAGAUUUGAACCGCCUUCGAAUUCAGCUCGAAGAGAAGCGAUCAGAAUGUUUAAAGCUGCAAACAGAAUAUCAAGAAUUGGAGGAAAGAUUUUUCAAGUCUGAUACAAGAUCUAAAGACGAGAUUGCAAGUCAACUAAAGGAAGAGAUCAAGCUUCUUAGAUAUGAUUGCCGUCAGAAAGAUAUAUCUGCCGAACAAGAAAGAGCUCUUCGCAAUAAGAUAUCAGAUGACUGCGCUGCUCUUGUGAAGGAAAACGCUGCUUUGUCGUCGCAGGUUUUUGAAUUGCGGAAACUCCUUGACGCUGAACGGCAAUUCCAAGACGACAAGGAGCAGCGAAGGCACGCCAAUAUCCAUGAACUUGUCACGGCGAAAGAGAACGAAAAACAGCUAACCAGGGAAGUCGAGCACUUGAAAGACCAGCUCCGACUUGAACAAAUGAAGCAUAAGGAUGCAACAGGAAAGCUUCUUGAGGGAGAACGUGGUUUAAACAGAGCGAAAUUGCGUGGCACAAAGCUCCAAUCAGAAGUUGAAGAGCUAGAAAACUUGAACACAUCACAAAGCGAAGAAAACAUUCAGCUAAGGAGAGAUAAAAUGAUUUUAACGGAUCAUGUUGCCGAUCUUCAAGCCCAGCUCAGCGAAAAAGAAGAGGAAAUUGAAACAGCCAAGAUUGAGCUUCAUGAUUACAAAGAGCGUCUUACGCAACUCGAUUCGCAUAUGAAGAUGCAAAGGAGUAUGGAUAGCAUCAAAUGGGAGGAAUUUGAGAAGAUGGCCGACAGUCUGAAGGAGUUCUCCAAGCACAUGUCGCCUUUGAGGCAUUCAAGAACCGUUGAAUUCGACUCCUAAUUACAAAACAUUUCACAAGGUUAGCUCCUUAGCACUUGAAACUUGCAGAACAUAAAAACCAUUGAUUGAUAAACCUGUUUGAAUAACGCCUCGAUGUAGUUAUCCUAAAAUGUUAAAUACCAUAUAAUUUUAAUAGAUGUUUUGUCCAAGAUUUCUGAUUUCAAAACAUGCCAAGUUAUUGUUAAUGCUGAUAAAAUUGUAUUCUUAUCAAAACUUAUCGCAAUUUUUUACAUAUCUAGCUGCUUCUCUUUGACUAUCUCCUUAAGAAAUCAGCGUAAAAACUCGAAGCCAAUCUAGCUUUUUAAAGAUAUAAUUCGCCUGAUGGUCGCAUUAAGCGUGAAACUCAGAGUAGCAACUUAGAACCGUCCUGUUCUAUACACAAAAACCGUACACAGCUCUGCCUAUACGACAUCAAGCACUUUAUGACUGAUCGCUUAAAAGCCAUCUUCAUGAAUGAAAGACAGAAUUACAAUUUUGAAAGAACAUUGAUGGUAAAAUAUGAUAAUUUAUCUCACUUCUACUAGUUUUCUUUCAGCAUAAAGCAUAAUAGUAAGUUUGUGAUAAGAUAUCAAAGAAUAAGACAAAAAAGAGAUACGAUGAAAGCACAAAAUAGGUUGAAUUUGAUAUUAGUACAAAUUUUUUAAGAUUAAUACACCAAUUUUUGACAAAUAGCUAGAUUGAAUACACAUUAUAGGGUAAAAUUGUGCGGAAAUGAAAAAUGAAUGAAAUUGUCUACCAACUGUGUACAAAAUUAUUGACAAAAAAACGUGAUUACAUAAAAGUAGUGUGAUGUUAAGUUGCAAUGAUCCCAAAAUGCCGCCAUUCGAGUUGAUCCCAAAGAUUGUGUCCCUGAAGCAGUCAAUCUCCUUACCCUGAUACAAAGUAGCGUUGUAAAUACGUCUAGGCAUGUAGAAUUCCCAAUUGCCAUCACUUUGGUGAUUCUGUGAUAAAAAUAAAAUAGGUGUCAACUGUUUGUUUAUCAAAUGUGAUCAAUAAAGAAUACAAUAUAUACAUAAAGACACAGUUACGUAGUUAGAACGUCCAGUCUUUAAUCCUUUAACAAGCUACUCGAUUAAAACAUAUUUUUGGAUAUUACAUAGUGACGUUGCAGAUAUUCAACUUUUUUGGCUGAAGAAAGCUAAAAAUACGCCACUCCAACUACAGCAUCUCUGACUUUCUUAGGCAAUUUAAGGCAAUUUCAUCUGCCUUAAGUUUUUAAGGCAAUUUCAUCUUACCCAAGUUACGAAGGACGCCGGAGAUAACUUACUUAAUUCGCCGGUCUCUUCAAGUACAAUAUAACCUAUUAUAUGUUCCACUUUUUCGCUCAACGUUGAAAAGCAAAAAAGUAAAAACUCAAGGCAAAAUGAGAAUCUAUGAAACUCACUGAAUUUGUUCCCCAUCGCUGCCUUUGAUCUCGACUUAUAAUACCGCUCAGAAGAAUCUACCUCACUGCAUCUUUGCUGUUCAUGCAUUUGAGCCCUGAAAACGACAAAGAAGUGAACUCUUAUUCCUCUUAAGUGCACUGUCGCAUCUUUUAUUAGUCUACUAAAACAAUGAUAUUUGUCUACAAAAACAAUAGUAUUGUUCGUGUACCAAAGCUAAACGAUGCGUCAAGCUUGCUCAGCUCUGCUCUACAUCGAAAUUCUACUCAGAAAAGACCAACGAGGAGGGCGAAAGUUUGCCUUAAACAUACAUAAACAAAUAUUUAUAGAUAAAACUUCUUGACAAGGAACGAUAAAUGAAAACUUACUUUUAAGCUACCUGACACUGCACUUCCAGAGAAAGUGAAUAUUUGGGGUGGAGCAGAAAAGAAAAAAAUUGUCUUAGAAUUCGAAGGGUGAGCUCUUAAGGGAAGCUUCAGCGUUAACCGCUGUGCCCAAGUUCACUUAAAGGCAUUGAGUCAUGAUAAAAUGGAUUGGGUAUACCUAAGUGCCAAAAUCCGCUGAGUCAUGAUUUCCUGCCGCAGGCAAAGAAGGCAUUGAGCCAUUGAUUGAGAUGAAAACCAUGACUCAGCUGAUUUUGGGACUUAGGGUAUACCCAAUCCAUUUGAUCAUGACUCAAUGCCUUUAAAAUGUUUGAAGGUACGAGGAAGGGCCAUUAUUUAGGCAUUUAUCGGUGAUAACGAUAAUUCCGCACUUUUUCUGAAAGAACAUGUGCGAAACUGUGGGUACCAUUUGAAGAAACAUGCAGAAUUAUGGGUACCAUUUUUGAAACAAUUUGCAAAAUCAUUAGGAGGGAGAUUUAGCAUUAACAAAAUGAAUGUCCAGUUAGAAAAAAAGUAUGAAAUUUGUGCAAUAUUGAGAUUUGGGGGCAAAGGACAUACAAAAUUUGUUUGAUGAUUUUUUGUGCUAUAAAAAUUUUAUUUGCUCUGUAGAAUUAUGGGUAUAGUUUUCAUGUUUGCGGAAUUAUGGGUCACAUUUUCCGGCCAUUUGCGGAAUUAUGGGUCCAAAAUUUUAACCAAAAUGGCUCGUCCCCGUCCAAAAUUAGGCUUAGUUUAUCCCCCCCCCCACGAGUUUCUGUGUUAUUUACAAAAGGGCACUUCUCUACCUGGUUCUAGCUAAAAGUUCUGUUUCGGAAAACAACUUAAUCGGCAAUACGAGGGCCCUUAACCCUACCAGUCCUGGUAACUCUCAAUUGUUUAAACAAUAGACUAUCGUCCUGCUCCUAAUGUAAAUCAAGAAUUGCUCCCCUCCUCCAGAAAUUUCCUUUCAGAAAGGCUAUGAGUAAUGGAGGUAUUUCUCUACUAAAACCGUCAGCUUCAAUGCAUAGGUUUUGAUGACCGUAAAGGCAAUGAAAGGUAGUUAACAAUGAUCAGAUAUCAUUAGGUGUUGAAUAUUUACUUACAUAUUGAUUUGGACCUUUUUGCCUUUUUUGUGCCAAACUGAUUUGCUGCUCAUCAUAGCAUUACACGUCUCCAAAUCUUGAUUAAGAGCGCAUAAAUACUCAUCAUUCGCAUAGGAUUUGGAUCGGUUACUUCUAGCUUGCUGCUCGAUGACCUGUCUUGCCGCUUCAAAAUCAUCUAGAAACAUAAGACAACAUUUUGUGACAAGGUAAGAGAAGGCGUUCAGGGCCAAUUAAGUCACAGAGAAACUGACAAUUAAGUCACAGAGAUUUGGGUUUCAAAAUCGAGUGAAUCGUUACAUACCUCGAUCAGCCAUUUCAGUAGCUGUAUUGAUAGCGUUAGUUGUCUGAAUUCUGUCUCUUUGUUUGUUAACGACAACACUUCCCUUUUCAGCACUAUUUUCUUCAAUAUCUGCAAAGUCAAAGUAGAUUUAAAAGAAAUCAGUAGAAUUCAGUAAAAUAUGUAUAAUACCGUAUUCAAAUAUUCAUGCAAUGCUACCAUUUUCACAUAAUAUUACCUAACCUUUAAAGGUCAUAUGAAACGAAAUUUUUUAUUGGACAUUUUACGCAAUUUGAUGGCGAAAAUCUUGGUUAAAUUUUCGAAAGCCGAGAAUUUCAACUUUAAAACUCAAUUUUGGAGACCAAAAGUGAUACCGGGGUCUGGGACGAGAAGACAGGAAGUGACGCAAUAGGUUUGACAUGUUCUUGGCCUUGAAGCCGUAGUAAACAUAAACAUUAAGCAACUGCAGAGGAGACGUAUGGUAAUGUUGAUUUGGAUCAGUCUUCGAAUGAAUUAAAUGAGUGAGGGAGCAUUGGCUGAAUUUGGUGGCCUUUCUAGCUUUACUAGCACAGAACACCGGUAUCCUCCGAAGAAGAAUCAUUAAUCCUCGUCGAACGAUGAGAGGGAGAGGACUAGGACCAUCCUGGGCACAGAAUACUUUUUCUCUUCUGUGUCCUGGGAAUGAAGAUUGCAUUUGAUCAACACAGCUUGGAGUUUGGUUUGAGAGACAUAUUGCCUUGAAUCAAAGGUAAACUAAAUUCUUUAUUUUUCCAUUAUCUUUACAAUUUAUAGUAUUUCAAGGCAGAAACUUUCACAGACACGAGCCUGGCCUACUGGCCUAAGCAAACGGGAGACUAGCCUGAUAAACAGACCUUACUGUGUGUAAGCUUUCACUAGAUUGGCGAACUCUAUUUCAUUAAAUUGGUGGGAAAAGGGAAAGACUGAAUCGUGAUCAUAUUUUUCUAUCACAGGUGCUCGUGUACAAAGUGCUCAACAUAAUCGCUUAUCAGACAAGGAAGUACUGCUGCAGCCGAGAAAUAAACGAGACGUAGGACACACUCACAUCUGAUGGUUUAACAAACAGGCAUGAAUAACGGUGUAACAGAAUAAAACCCCUUCAAGAAUCUUGUUUACAAAGAAGUUCUCCUCCUUGCCGGCUCAUAUUUCAAGGACAAGACUCAAAGGCAGUACGAAGUAAGAACUGCUCUCACUUGUGGAAUAAAAUCAACACUUGCUUUUGAAUCAGGAAGUGUUGUCACAAGGAACUGAACGAACAUCGAGCAUUUCCCCAGGGCCACCGAAAGCAAGGCCGGGCCCAGCUCAAUGCUUGGAAUCCUACCUAAAAUGUAUUUGAUAUGAACUUGAAAUACAUAGAAUUUUUUUAUGUACUUGAGAUUGAUAUUCCUAAAGCCUUUUUUCAAAUUUUCUCAAUGCAAAUUACCAUGUCAUAACUACAAUUUGAUUAUCCUUACAAAAUAAUUUUGCUGCACAAUGAGCAUAUAGUUUUCUAGAACAAUCUUGUUCUACGUACUUUUGCAAAGUUCCAUGACUGAUUUAUGGGAAAACCCUUCAAAUUCCUUGGACUUCCUUGUGUUUUGUAACUGAUUUUUGAAAAAAAAUACUCAAAGCCCUGGGAACAAGUACCCUCGUCUAAAAAUAGCUCAAGGGGUACUUGACAGUUGGGGGCAGUAUCCCAUCUUCAGCGAUCAAGUAAUGUACUUGCAGCACGAUUCUUGCUUUGUGUUUUGAAACUGAUUUUUGGAAUAAAAUCCUCAAAAGCCUGGAAUCGAGUACCCCAGUCUAAAAAUAGCACAAGGGGUAAAUUGCCAACUGGGUUCCGCAUCCUAUCGUUUCAGCGUAUCAAACUAUGUAUUUUCACAAAGUUUCUUGCUUUUAUCGCAAUCUUAAACUGAUUUAUGGAAAAACUUCUUCAAAGGCCUGGAAUCGAGUACCCCAGUCUAAAAAUAGCACAAGGGGGCAUUGGCCAGAUAAGAUAUACAUCCUAUUUUUUUCAGCGUAUCAAACUAUGUACUUUCACAAAGUUUCAUACUUUUAUCGCGAUCUUCAACUGAUUUAUGGAAAAACCCCUUCAAAGGCCUGGAAUCGAGUACCCCAGUCUAAAAAUAGCACAAGGGGGCAUUUGCCAGACAAGAUAUGCAUCCUCUCUUUUUCAGCGUGUCAAACUCUGUAUUCUGACAAAGUUUCGUGCUUUUAUCUUGUUUUGCAAGAUUUUUUUAUCAACAUCACUGACAAAGGUUCCAAUGGCUAUCGAAGGGACGUGUCAAACCUAUUACGUCACAGCGUCGAUCUGACCGCGUUCGAGUGGCAUCGCUUUUGAAGGUCACUUUUUCGGGCUUUCAAGCGCCAUAUCUAGAAAAGUUCAAGUCGUAGAAAAAAACGGGAAACGGCGUCUUAACAAGCGAAAAAAGCUCUACCAAAUAUGUGAAAAUCGUUUUUCGGUUCAUAUGACCUUUAAGUUACCAAGCCUAACAAAGGAUAGCAUAUCGAUUAGGGUUUGGAGCCCUUACUUGUUCUUAGCACACCAAGGGAGGUGCUGGUGUUAGCCAAUUUCUCCAGUAGAACAUUGUAAUAAUUGACUUCUACAUCAAUUAAAGGCUGCGGCGUCGUUUCCAGGGAGGAGGGAAGGGCGUUGGCAGUCAGCAACAAGACAACAUCGCGCUCUUCCUCUGACUGCAAGUCACCGAGGUCCACCUUCAAACUGAAAAACGUUUCAUUCAUAAAGGAUUACACUCUAGAAGUUGUUAUAACAAUGAAUAAUAGGAUCAAUUUCUCCAAUUGGAAGAGUUUUAAAUUAAUAAAGGAAGACGUACCAAUUUUGAGAAGCGUUAACAGUUGAAGAAAUGCAAGAAAUGGAAAAGUCUAACCACUUGAAAGAAUGAAAAACGGAAGAAUGUUAGAUCUAUCACCUCCUGGAAGAAUUUACAAUGGGAGAAAUAAAAACAUUUCUCUUCAUAGAGAACUUGCAAGGAAUAAAUGAAAGACGGUUUACGUCUUGGAAGAAGUGAAAAUUGAAUACCUCCGACCUUUAGGAAGAAGGAAAAGUGGAAGAGUGUUAGACCCAUCACCUCCUGGAAGAAUUUACAAUGGGAGAAAU